GGUGGCAUGUCCCUCAUCCAGCCCAGGACCAAAGUGGUGAAGGCAGAACCUGACAGCAAAGGGAUGGAGGACAGAAGCUCCUCUGAUGAUCCUGUCCCAGUCUUCCUAGCAAACCCUUCGGUUUUGGUUUUUACUGACUACAGUGUGGGACACGUCUAUGAGACAACACUGGAGCUCAAAAACUUGACUUCCUCGAGCCGUCAUGUCCGAGUCAUCCCUCCUACCACUCCUUACUUCUCCAUUGGCCUGGGGAGAUUCCCCGGUGAGGGUGGUGUUGUUGCCCCUGGGAUGAGCUGCAAGUACACGGUGCGGUUUGCUCCAGACUCCCUGGCAGACUAUGAGGACUUCAUAGUGGUGGAGUCCCAGGCCGAGCACCUGCUCGUGGUGCCCAUCGCAGCCAGGCGACCCCCUCCGAUACUCACCUUGCCAAGAGUUCUGGACUGUGGUUACUGUCUGAUUGGAGGAGUGAAGUUUGUCGAGUUUCUGUGCCAAAAUGUUGGCCUCAGCGCCGGGACGUUCUGCGUAAUCCCCAAGAACCAGUGGCCAGCUUCGAACCUCAGGCCUGUGGCCAGAACAUACUUUUCUGAGCAGGCACCCUUUGCAGUCAGCCCGUCUCUGUUUGUGCUGCAGCCAGGAGAGGCUACAGUAGUGGAGGUGGUUUUCUUUCCCACAGCUGCUGAGAAGAGCUGUCAGGUUUUCACUUUUGUCUGUGACAACUGCCAGGUGAAAGACAUUUCCAUUGAAGGUGAGGGCCAGCUGAUUGCUCUUGAGCUUGUGUCUGUAUCAGGGGAGAAGGAGCCACCUGUAAUCGGGGAGGUGCACGACCUCACUGCGGAGCACUUUGUCCGUUUCAGCCCAUGUAACCCUCACUCUGUGCAGCAGAAAAAGAUCAUCAUUAGAAACAAUGUCCACUUGGAGCUGCCUUUCCACUGGCAGAUCUUGAAGCCCAACCUGCACCCUCUGCUUCCAGGGGAAACCCCGGUGCCUUCCUGCAUCCAGUUCCACCUGGCCACAGAUGAUGCUUUCCAUGUUAGCCCCCAGACAGGCCUUCUGGCCCCUUGCCAGGACCGAGAGUUCCUGUUUACCUUCUGUCCUACAGAGUUGAAGGACUACCACAGUGUCUGUCAUUUAGUGCUGAGGGAUGUCCCACAGCUGCCACCAGAGCCCAGUGAAAACGGUGCCCUUCAGCCAGUGCGCACUGGCUCCAAACUGAGCGAUGUCAUCGUCAUGGAGAUAGAGGUCAAGGGGUCAACAGAGCCGUACCAGGUCCUGCUGGAGCCCUACGCUGUUGUCAUCCCUGGAGAGAUUUUUAUUAGCACAACCAUCCACAGGCAGUUCAAGAUGUGGAACCACAGCAAGACCUUCAUCUUUUUCCAGUGGGAGAGGUUGAAUAGCAGCAGCCACAUAAUAGAAGUAGAGCCCUCUACUGGCAGAAUAGAGGAGAACGAGUGUUUUGAUUUCGAACUGAUUGUGACUGGAGGAAAAGCAGAGAGGCUUGUGACCGGUCUCGUUUGCCACAUAGAGCACCACCAUGAGCCUGUCACUUUGGCUGUGGAGGUCUCCUUCAAGGGUCCCAUAGUGACCCUCAAUGUACCCAGUGUGGACUUUGGGCUCAUGAGGCUCGGGGAGCAGACGCAGACCACCCUGCUCCUCACCAACACCACACAGCUGGAGGCCUCCUGGACAAUUGAGGACAGUAAACAGGACCAUCAAGACACACAGAUAUCAGUGGAGCCAUGCAGAGGUGUGCUGCCCUCCUUGGCCUCUUGCAGGGUGGACGUGUUCUUCAGGCCACGUUUCUGCCAGCAGUUUGAAACAGAGUUGGAGCUGACAGUGGAGAAUGGAACAGGGUGUCACCUGUCAGUGCGAGCAGAUGUGCAGUCUCCCCGGGUGUGUCUGCUAAACUGUGAGCUGCUCUUCUCUGAACUCUACAUUGGAGUUCCUGCCAAGGGCACCGUCACUCUUUUCAACCAGACCCUGCUGCCUUCACACUUCAGAUGGAUGGCUGAGCUGCAGGGUAAACAGGCUCCACAGUGCAGGGCCAGUUUUGAACCCUGCUCUGGUACUCUGGGACCUAAUGCCAGCAUGGAGAUCACAGUUAAUUUCACCUCUCACACAGAUGAGCUGACUGAGGUGGCUGCUCUCUGUCAGGUCCAGGGGAUGAACUCUCCUCUUGUUCUUGGCAUCUUAGUUUCCAAAACCAAGAAACUCAGUGUCUCCUACUCGCUGCCAAGUGUCUGCUCUACAGCAGAUGAUGAGAGCCCCUCGACACUGGUCCUCGACUUUGGAGACGAUGUCGUUUUGAAGAGAGCUGUUACGAAGCAGUUACUGAUAACCAAUCGAACUGCUGUCCCUGCCCCUUUCACCGUAGAGGCAGAGUAUUUCACCUGCCGUACCCCAAAGCCAAAUAACCAGUCGGAGAAAAGAUUGACAUAUGUUAAAAAGCCGCUUCAUUCCAUUCAGGCUAAGAAAGUAGAGGAGAAAGCACAUCAGGAAUUUGUGAGCAGCCUGCUGGCACAUGGAAAAGGUGCAGCGUUCUAUGUCCUGCCAAACACAGGGACGCUGGGACCAUUCGAGGCCCAGACUGUGGACGUGACGGCCUACACUGACAUGUGGGGGGAAUACAGAGAUCAUCUCAUAUGCAAAGUGGGAGACCUCGAGCCCACACUCAUUCCCAUGCAAAUGACAGUGAAAGGAUGUCCACUCUACUUCCAGAUGACAGGCCCGAGACCAGAUGACCAGAAUCAGGGGCCAAUCAUACAGUUUGGCACUCACGUAUCUGGAGGUGACACGGUGUCUCGUUCUCUUCGCAUCAAUAAUCCAACCAUGUUUGAUAUUCGCAUGGACUGGCAGACAUAUAACAUAGAUCCAAAUGACCGUAAAUUGGUGGACGUUGUGGUGGCAUAUGGAGACGCCUUCCCUGUCAAAGAUGCUGACGACAAUAAGGCGAUGAGUGGAGCUAUGAGGCUUUCUGAUGGGAGCAUUCAAACAGGCUGGGAGAGGACUCACACUCCAGGCUCGGAGGGAACGAGCACCUCCCUCCAAAGCAAAGCUGACACGGAGGAGGAGGAAUAUAUAACUGAGGACGACUGUGGCGAAAAGGAAACCUGUCUUUAUCCCCUUCCUGCUAAGAAAAAACUCUUCUCUGUCCACAUCCGACCUCAUGUGGGCAGCCUCUCAGAUUACCCCUACUGCAUCACGCCUCAGCAAAUAGUGAUUCCAGCAAAGAGCAGCAGCACAAUCCAUGCAUCUUUCACUCCUUUGACUCUUUCCAGCUCAGCUUGUGAGUCCAGAUGUGUGGGUUUAGCUCUAGGUUUCAUGAGUCUGGACUCCAAGAUGGCUGCCUGUGUCCCGGGUAAAGUUGGAAGAGCUCAGGGUUUGGAUUUGGAGCCUGUCAGGAUGGAUCUACUGGCAGCCGUUAAGCCUGCUGUGCUGUUAGUACAAAUGGAGGAGGACGAAGGGGUGCUGGAGUUUCAUGCCUCGGCUGGUGAUUUACUGAGGCCAGAAUCAGAAAAGGAGAUGGCGGUGCAAGAAUUUGACAUCACACGGAGCCUUCAGCUGAAAAACACCUUAGAGAUGCCCCUGCAUUUCAGGCUAGCGGCUCAGCCUCCGUUUAUAGUGCUCAAGCCCCAGCCUCGAGUCAGGACCAGCACGUCCAGCAACCCGCCGACUGGUGACAGUCAGUCUCUGAUGCUGCAACCACAAAAUUGCUUGCAGGUGAAAGUGGCCUUCCGUUGUUGUCUGCCCCUUCUGGACCAUGAGGACCAGAAAGAUGACGAAGUGCCUCCUGGGGUGAUGCUGAUCCACACUGCAAGUGGGCAGAGGAAGCUGAGGUUUCAGCAAAACCUCCUGAUUCACUACAGCAACAACAGCCUGCAGACCGUGCCUCUGUGUGCCUAUCUGGAUCUUUGUACUCUACGUCUGUCCACCCACAGCAUCGACUUUGGGUUCUGCUACGUGGGGCAGAUGGAGACAAUAGAAGUGAACCUCCACAGUCAGGGAGCCCACACUUACUGGAAAUCAGUUAUAAAGUCAGAUAAAGGGGACCACCAUGUGUUCAGGGUGACACCAGACUUCGGACUUCUCAGGUCCAAGGAGCUCCGUGUCACCAGCUGCAGCCAGUGUCUCCAGAUCAGCUUCACUCCCAGCGAGGACAGAGAGUUCAGAGCCACAGUGGUGUUCCAGUCUCCUCUGGUGAAGACCCCCCUCACUCUGCAGCUCCAGGGAGCAGGAUCCUUUGAUGAAGUGUACAGGUCUAACUAAACGUCCCCAUAACAUCACAGUCGCACAAAACCCACCUGCUAUUUAACCUGUUCUCCUUAAACCUACUUAUUUAUAAGAAUGUGAAUAAAUAUAAAAAAAACUUCUCCAUCAAGUCUCCAUCAUUUGAUCACAUGUAACAGUACUAAACAUCUUUUAAUGAUCAGUAAAUGAUGAACUUGCUACUGGUCUUCAAUCAAAACAGCGAAGUAAACAUAGGACCUAAAUAUACGUUUAGAUUGACUUAGUAGAUAUACAGUAUACGAUUUUGACCAAAUUUCAAAUCACUCCUGAUUGAUCUUGAUUUCUAGUCUUCUCCUUACCAUCCAGAAAUCAAAGACCAGAUCUCCAGCUACUAUUCUGGUCCCAGUGCACGUCACGUGGACAACAUGUGACAUGCCCUGGAGACAAUUUUUCAGAACAGGAAACCACAGGAGAUACCAGGAA